AUGUUAAGAGAUGAAUUAGAAGGACAAAAGAACAUUAGUAAUUUUUAUGAUAAAAAUAAUGAGGAUUAUAUGAAUGAUGAGAAUGAAAAAAAUGAAGAAAAUAAAUCUCCUACUUUAUUUGAUAAUUAA